CCCCUUAGGUGAGUGGAAUCAAGAAUCUCUAUGAGUCUGAACUGGCUGAUGCUCGAAGAGUUCUGGAUGAAACUGCCAAGGAGAGGGCUAGAUUACAGAUUGAAAUUGGAAAACUGAGAGCAGAACUUGAGGAAUUCAAUAAAAGCUACAAGAAGAAAGAGGCAGACUUGUCCGUGGCUCAGGGUCGCAUUAAGGAUCUUGAAGUGCUGUUCCAUAGAAGUGAAGCAGAACUCAAUACUGUCCUGAACGAGAAACGCAGCCUGGAAGCAGAGGUUGCUGAUUUGCGUGCCCAACUUGCUAAGGCUGAAGAUGGUCAUGCUGUGGCUAAAAAGCAGUUGGAGAAGGAGACACUAAUGCGUGUGGACCUGGAAAAUCGGUGCCAGAGCUUGCAAGAGGAUCUGGAUUUCAGGAAGAAUGUGUUUGAGGAGGAAAUAAGGGAAACAAGAAAACGACACGAACAUCGUUUGGUUGAGGUGGACACUAGUCGCCAACAGGAGUACGAAUCUAAAAUGACUCAGGCCCUGGAGGAUCUGCGAAAUCAACAUGAUGAACAAGUCAAACUGUACAAAAUGGAGCUUGAGCAGACCUAUCAGGCUAAGCUGGAGAAUGCCAAACUGUCCUCUGACCAAAAUGAUAAAGCUGCUGGUGCAGCUCGAGAGGAGUUGAAGGAGGCUCGCAUGAGAAUAGAAGCUCUGAGCUACCAGCUUUCUGCCCUUCAGAAACAGGCUAGUGCAGCAGAAGAUCGUAUUCGUGAAUUGGAGGAAAUGAUGGCUGGUGAGCGGGAAAAGUUUCGGAAGAUGAUAGAUGCAAAGGAGAGGGAAAUGACAGACAUGAGGGACCAGAUGCAACAGCAGCUUACGGAGUACCAGGAACUGCUUGAUGUUAAAUUAGCACUGGACAUGGAGAUCACUGCUUACCGAAAACUUCUGGAAGGAGAAGAGGAAAGGUUGAAGCUCUCUCCAAGUCCCUCCUCCCGUGUUACGGUCUCUCGGGCUACCUCCAGCAGCAGCAGUAGCAGCACUUCACUUGUUCGCUCUUCCCGAGGCAAGAGAAAACGUAUUGAAGCAGAGGAGCUUUCAGGCAGCGGAACAAGUGGCAUUGGCACUGGAAGUAUUAGUGGGAGCAGCAGUAGCAGUAGCUUCCAGAUGUCCCAGCAAGCUUCAGCUACAGGAAGUAUCAGCAUAGAAGAGAUAGACCUGGAGGGCAAAUACGUUCAAUUGAAGAACAACUCGGAGAAGGAUCAGUCCUUGGGUAACUGGAGACUGAAAAGACAAAUUGGAGAUGGAGAAGAAAUUGCUUACAAAUUUACUCCUAAAUAUGUCCUCAGAGCUGGGCAGACUGUAACAAUUUGGGGUGCAGAUGCAGGUGUAUCCCAUAGCCCCCCUUCUGUUCUGGUGUGGAAGAACCAAGGCAGCUGGGGCACUGGAGGAAAUAUCCGCACAUACCUCGUAAACUCCGAAGGGGAGGAAGUUGCAGUGAGAAACGUUACUAAAUCAGUAGUUGUGCGAGAGAAUGAAGAAGAAGAGGAUGAAGCUGACUUUGGAGAGGAAGAUCUUUUCAACCAACAGGGGGAUCCCAGAACAACCUCUAGAGGAUGCUUAGUGAUGUGAAGAAAGAAAAAAAGAAACUAUUAUUUGCUAUUUUCUUUCAUUUAUUUCCUUUUAUUUUGCUAUUUCUUUCCCUCCAGAGCCACUGAAAACUAUUUUUAUAUGCAUCAUCUGAUUUCUUUGAAGUUUACUCCUUGGUACAUUUUUAUAAAAAAAAAUCAAAAAAAAAACUUUACUGAACAAAACUGCCAGAAUUUUUAAUAGAUUUCUUUAUUUUUCCCUCUUUGUUGAAACACUAUAUUGGAAUACAGUAUUUUUUCCCAUACAGAGUUUAAAGUCUUAUGUACAAACCUGCAGCAGAAAAAAAAUUUUUAGCUGAAAUGGGAUGAGACUCCUUGAGUGUAUGGUAAAUCUAUAAUUGCAUAUAUAACCAGGAUAAGCAAAAAAAAAAAAAAAAAAAAAAAAGUUUAAGAAAGCAUGUUCAUCUGCAGGGCCCCAGGAGAGGUUCACAGUGGUGUUUCCUCCAUACCUUUAAGAAAUGGUAGUAUCUUGCCUGGUAUCCUCAGUAGCGCCCAGCUUAGGAAAAUUAGACCCCAGGUUCAUUAAAAAUGCUCCUCCACCAGUGGAGGUAGCAAAGGGAAGCUGCAUUUUAGAUAUUCUCGGCUCAGGACCGUAGCAUCUUGUCCUGCUCCAGGGUUUGACAGGCUCUUGGUAAAAACAUCUGAGCCUGUCAACACCUUAGGUCCGUAUCAUUAUUUCAGGAGAUGGAGAAUGAUGGGUUCUGUUUACUGAAUAUACACAUCAUCUUAAAGUAGGGAAGUGUCCAAACCAGUUUUAACUGUUUCAUUUUCAGGGGAUUUUGACAUCCUCACAAAUGAGACCUUGUGACAUCAUGGACACAGGUUGUGGUGUACAGUGUUUCAUGACGUUAAGCAUCAUGAUUUAAUACUUUUGACAUAUUCAGCGUUAAACAGAAUGAUUUGGAUUUUAGAUGUUAAAAAUACUCUUACUUUUGGCGAUGAUAAAUAUUGGGGAUUUUAAAGGUUAACCUGUGUAAAUGUUGACUUUUUUAAUCAGAGCUAGAUGCAGCUUGUUCAUAUUUCUCUUGUAUUCAUAUGGGCACUGUCAGAUAUCUUAAGGAGCAGUAUUUGCAAAACAGUACGGAAAUAGUUUAAUGACUUUUUAAAAAAAAGUUAAACUGCUGUUGUUAAGGACAUAAGCAUUGCUUUGCAGUGUUCAAAGGCUCAAAGUCAAGUCUAACAAUGAGUGAAGGGAGAAUAAUGGUUUUUAUUAAAAAAAAUGCUUUGUACAAGUAGCAGGUGAUUUUUUUUUAAUUUCAGUAUGAUGCAUUUUGUAUCUGACAGUGUCCCUUUAGCUUAAGGUUUCUUCUGCUGCAUUUCUGUGGAGAUAACUCUUGACUCCCUUAAGGGUUAAUAUUUGUAUAGUAGUGCAUCUUUAAGCACUAGGAAAAAUAUUUGACUGCUCCAAAGAAUGCACUGGCUACUGUACAAGCAGAUGUUUUUUUCCACUAGUUAGUAGUUUGGAUACAAAAUUUGGAUACCGUUUGAUGCCAGCAUAGAGUCCUGUUUUUACCUGCACUCUUGAACUCUUGUCGUUCAAAUAGUUUAGACUCAUCAAACAAGCUACAAGGUUUGGAUGUUUUCGGUGGCUUUUGGACAUUAUGUUCUCUGAACAGUAUUGUGACUGACAGAUAUAACCUAGAAGGUCAGUUUAGUGGCUUUGACUGAUGAUGACUUUGUAAUGCAAGCAGGGUGGGAACAAAAGGGGUUUUCUUCAGCUUACGGAUUUAUUUUGCCAUUUAAAAAUAAAUCAAAGAUGCUACUUUUCUUCAUUUCAGUGGGAUGACUGAAUUACUGAUGUUAAACUAGCAGAAAUUUAGAAUUAUGUUUUAAUCCAUUACCAGAAGAUCCAUUACAAAAAAGCACUAUGAAGAUUUGGCUGUUUGGGCUAAUUGGGUAACUUCAUUGAUGUACUUGGCCGUUUUUCUAAUGUAAUUUUCCCACUCUGCUUGAGUAGAAGGUUAAAUAUGUAGUAAAUCCUGUCUAUCUCUCUGUAAAAUGUAUCUAGUGAAAUUAUGUUUCUCAGACAUACUGUUAUCAAUUACCUUUUCUAAAUUUGUUGUUAUGCAAAUGAAUGCAAUCAGUGUAAAAGUAUUUUUGCAAUACACCUUCCAACCACUGGACAAUGUUUCCCUUUCUGACCCACAGCUUUCUAUACUAUAGUUACAUAAUGUUUGAGGGCUUUUUGCUUUUUUUUUUUCCCUGAAGAUCUGUAUUUAUUUUUUUUUUACAUUGGCCAGUUUUCAGAUUGCUUAUUCUUCAAGAUUGUCCUGUAAAUUUAAGAUUGUUCUGUGAUCUUAAAUACUAAAGCAAUGAGUGUGUAGUUAAUUUGCAUUUUUUUUCUGUGAUAUUUCUGGGUUUUUUUCUGUAAAGAAUGGGCUAGGAAAGGCAGCUUGAAAGAGGAAAAACCUCAUGCUACCUGAGCCAUAGUUUUCUUAACAGCUACUGUAUAGGGAAUGUGUCUUGUAGCCUUACGGACUGGUGCUUGCAGAUCUUUAGUGAUGAGCACUGUGCCCUUCAGUAACAGUCUGCAGAAUUUGUCCUUAGAUUUGGAACUGUGUCCUUUGAAAACAAUUUAUUUCAUUCUUGAGAACAUAUUCUUCAGUACAUGUAUAGGUAUAUACAGGUGUUUGUGUGAAACAGUGAUUGACACUGUGGGAAAGGCUGAAUGCCAGCAGUCUAAACGUGGGUGAUUCUGUCACCACAGUGCUUUCUAAGAGGCUACUAAAAAUACGAGAAAUAAUUCCUAGCUGUAAAUUACAAGACACAGAAAAACUACUGUAUUCCACAUAGUUUCUUUUUUGUGUGUGCGGCUUCUCUAGAUGCCAUCCUUUCCUCUUGCUUUUGAUGCUGAGCUUCACUAUAAUGGCACUAAGCCCUUUAAAGGUGCUCUACACUGGGAGGUUUUUUGGCUUUACCAAACAAAAAAAGCAUUGUUUGGUUUGGUGGUUUGUUUUUUUUCUUUUGAGGAUUUCCCCCCCCCCCUCCCCCCUUUCAGGAUAAUUAAAAGUUUUUUGUUCAGAUAAAAUCCAGUGUCCCUUUACCCUCUUUUCCUAUUUGAUCCUGAAUUCUUGAAGUUGGAGGAUAGUCAGCAUUUCUACUCCAGUGUCUGAUAUCAGGUGUAGAGCUUGAAGGAGAGAUAGAUUUGACUUGUCAGGAGAAAAAUUAUUUUAAGGCCUCUCCAAUUAUGGAAAUUAACCAGUGUAGCUUUUCUCAGAGUAGUUACUUAAGUGUAACUACCCAUAUGGGUGUUCUUAUUCCAGAAAAAUAAGCAAACAACAUUCUGGAUAAAACAGUAAAAAUUAUUUCUAACUGAUUCUCACUGGUUAAGAGGGAGAAGGAGUAACAGCCUAACAGCAGCAGAAUAGUUAAGCUAAUCUUUUAAUUGUGUAGAUCAGAAUAUCAUAUAAACAUCAUAUAAAACAUGAUGAUACAUACUACCUGCUACUAAUUUCGUACCGUGUGAAGAUGCUUGUGUCAGAACACGUCCAUCCUUCAGCAGAACCAUCGGUAACGUGGUGUCCUCCAGAGUGUCGUGGUUACAGAGCACCUCCGACAUUUCACGCCACCUGUUUUCUUGCUCGCUUCUGUAUUUCUUUCUUCAGCUGUUGUGUUGCAGUGACUCAGACCAAGUAAUAGAGUGGCUAUGAUUCCUUUCUUGCUGCACAGCGUUAUUUCCCAGUGUGUCUAUUCUAGGCUAGUUCAUCUGCCAUGGCAAAAACUAGUUUACACUGACCAGUUGUCUUCAGCACCAUUUUGCCAUGAGGUGGGAGUUGGCUGGUGUAGUUUGUGUUUGUAGCAGGAACCAAAAGUCUCAGGAAAUAAAAAAAAAAAAUGCUUCCCAUGACCUGUAAUGUAAGAGCCAGACAAGCUUGUCUGUAGCUUGCGUUAGUCGUGAAAAUUGUAUUGUAGUGUGAAGCAGACUGUACUGUGAAAGGAGAUCACUUAAUGUGCGUGUUUAUCCUUGAGCAACGGGACACCUCAUGUUCAGUUCAGGGAUCUUAUGGGAUCUUACUGGUUUUUAUAGACCCUUUUGUCUUUUAAUGCUCAUCCUGUAUAAAUGCCCUUUAACUGCAACCUGAAUGGAGGUUAGUUAGAAGAGGCUUGUAGAAAUCCCUCUCUGUACCCCGGCACAUUUGAGAAUCUCUUCUGUGUGCGUCAGAAAGAUGUCGAUGCCGUAUGCAAACAUGCAUGCUGUCUGUUUUAUAUCUCUUGUAGCCACUUCUCUCCCUUACUGUGAAGCCAUUCUCUCUUCGUUCUGUAUCUUCUUUGAAAGUCUUACCUGUAAACAAAGGUAUAUCCAUAUUUGAUACUGGAUUUUUUUGCUUCUGUUGGGUCCAAACCCUGUGUGAGCAGGAAAUAAAGCCUUGUCGUAAACCAGUGAGUGGAAGGUGAGAUAGUGAUUGCAUUUUUCAAAGCAUUAUUUUAGCUGAAUGUCAAGACAAUUUAUAUUGGAGAGUUUCUUUUCUCACUUAAAAUGGCCUGGGAAACAGAAUUUUUAUUUGCCCUUCAAUAUGCUUAGCUUUAAACCAGUUUAAAAUAAUUUCAAAGUGUUUUUUUUUUUAAUACAAGACCAUAUUUACAUGCAAUUAUUAUUUGUAAACAUAAUGCCUUUCUUGAAAUGCUAAGGUCUAGAGAGUGAAAAGGAUUAUUAAUAUUGAAAGACUUGGUUCAGAAUAGCACAAGCAGUGAAUUGACUUAGAGUUGAGGAAGAUCAAAUGUGUUUUAUUGAACUUCCAAAUUUUCUAGUUAGCUUUUAAUGAAGUGAUGAUUCUGUGUUGAUAAGGUAGAUGUUACUGUGUAUUCCAGCUACCCCGAUCAUCAUUACACUAAAAUUAUAAGCAAUAAGCUAUUUGAAACAAGUUUAGGCCAAAAUGCUUUCCAUUUGGGCAGAAAAUACCGUUGAACUCUAUCUUCAUAACAGUGAUGCCUUGUGACUUGAAUUGUGAUAUUUUUAAAGUAUUUUUUUUAACGCAACCUUGAUUUAGAUAGUUUUGGUUCUAGGUCACUGACCACCUCUGGUCAGGUGCUGCAGAUGAGGUUUUGGAAGGUUCAAGUUUUUAAAACAAGGAAUUGUGAAAAUUACUGCAAAUUGAAAUACAAAGGCAAAAUUAUGAAAAUGUUCACAUGGAACUUAUGAAAUCUACAUAAUGAUCUAGACUUUAUCAUUUCAAAGUGGUUUUUUCUUUUUAGAAUAUGCAUGCCAAAUGUCUUGUCUUUUUCAAUGAUUUGUAAUAUACAUUUUAUGACUGGAAACUUUUUGUACAACACACUCAAAUAAAUGUUUUGCAUUU